GAAAGGCAUCCCCGCCCACCUCCCCCACACUGAGACAGCAUCAUCGGUAUGUUUCUGGAAAGGAAAUGCAGACUGUUUCUGAGAUUGCUUUCGAUUUCGUUGCUUUUUACGACCAGGAAGCCUGCACAGCCAUGGCGGGCAAGAGGACACAUGAAAGAGAUCCAAUCUACAAGAUCAAGGGUUUGGCCAAGAAUGUGUUGGAUGGGGUUUUUGAUGACUUGGUGGAGAAGAAUGUGUUAAAUGGAGAUGAGUUACUCAGAAUAGGGGAAGGUGUGCGCUUCCUUCUGAACAACGCUGAGAACCUGGCUGAGAACAUCUUUGAGAAAACAGAAAUGGCAGGCAAAAUAUUUGCAGGCCACAUUGUCAACUCCAGGCAGCAGCUGAGACUAAACUCUGAAAAUGGAGUUAAAGACAGAAAAGAUGAUGAACAAACUUUAUCAGAGCAGAUAUCCACUUUCUCUCUGACAGAAUUCACAAAAGAAAAAGAAGAUGAAGAAAUGAAGGACGAUAUUGGAGUGGCCCCUGCAUCACAUCCACUACUAACAGCUCCUCAGGAAAUCCAGAGCACAGAAGCCCAUGAUACACUGCAACUUUGUCCUCGAGAUCAAUUCUAUAAGAUGAAGACAGAAAUGGCAAAAGAGAUAUAUCCAGUGAUGGAGAAGGAAGGCCGAACACGCUUGGCUCUCAUCAUCUGCAACAAAAAGUUUGACUACCUCCUUGAUCGAGAUGAUGCUGAGGUUGAUAUUUUGAACAUGCAAGAGCUACUUCAAAACCUUGGAUACUCAGUGGUGCUAAAGGAGAACCUUACAGCUCAGGAGAUGGAGACAGAAUUACGGAGGUUUGCCAGCCGUCCGGAGCACCAGUCCUCUGACAGCACCUUCCUGGUGUUCAUGUCCCACGGCAUCCUGGAAGGAAUCUGCGGGGUGAAGCACAGAAACAGAGAGCCGGACGUUCUUCAUGAUGACACCAUCUUCACAAUUUUCAACAACUCUAACUGCAGGAGUCUGAGAAACAAACCCAAGAUCCUCAUCAUGCAGGCCUGCAGGGGCAGACAUAAUGGAAUUGUUUGGGUAUCCACAAGGAAAGGGAUAGCCACUGCUGAUACAGAUGAGGAGAGUGUGCUGAGCUGUAAAUGGAAUAGGUGCAUAACAAAGGCCCACGUGGAGAAAGACUUCAUUGCUUUCAAAUCUUCUACCCCACAUAAUAUUUCUUGGAAGGUGGGGAAGAAUGGCUCUCUCUUCAUCUCCAAACUCAUCGACUGCUUCAAGAAGUAUUGUUGGCGUUAUCAUUUGGAGGAAAUUUUUCGAAAAGUUCAACAUUCAUUUGAGGUCCCAGGUGAACUCACUCAGAUGCCCACCAUUGAGAGAGUAUCCAUGACACGGUAUUUCUACCUCUUCCCUGGCAAUUAACACAGUUUCCAACCAAGUAUUGCUGUGGGUGAGAAGAAAAGAAAAUACAAAGACUCCUGAAUUGUUAAAUGCAUAAAACCUUUCAAUUAGAUGUUAUAUAGAAUAUCAUAAAUCUAGGUAAUUUUCCACAGGUUUUUCUUGAGGGGGGACUGAUAUGUAAACAUUUGCAUGAAAACUAUAGAUUAGUUUCCUAUUUCCAAAUCUUUACACAUUUUAUUUCAUUUUAUUAAAUCUCAUAUUCACAAUCUCUAUAAAUUGAGUGAAAAAGGAACAAAUCAAAGAGCACCUGGACAUGACCUUUUGGUAGUGUAGGAACCACAUAAUUGGAAUUUACUCACAAAGCAGAUCUUAUCUACAAUGGAGUUGAGAAUCAAAGUGUCUCCUGUACAUAGGCAAGCUAAGAGUCAUAGUCCUAUAGGAACAAGAUAAGGGAGAAUGAUGUCCACUGCUUACCUCUGUCAUACAUGGUUUCCAUGUCUAGUGGCUGCCUAGCAUUCCUUAUAAUUGGUUUGUUAGGAUAUACUUUACAAAUUUGGGUUAUUUAUACAUUUGUUAUAUUAAGUAUUUUUGUAAUAAAAAUAUCCUCAGACACAUACAUUUAAAUUUCUGUCUGUUAGUAUUAUUGGGAAAAAACUUUCAAAACAGAAGUUACAGGAUUAAAAACAUUAAGAGUAUGAUGAUAUUUUAUUUGUGCUGAAAUGUUUUGUAUUUUGUAUGAUAAUAAGUUUGCCUGGAGAUGAAAGGGAAUAGCAAGCCAUUUUCAAGUAAACAUAAAAGUCAGGCAGUGGUAGCACACGCCCUUAAUCUGAUCACAGGGCAGGCAGAGUCUCUGUGUGUUCAAGGACACACUAGGGAACAGCCAAGUGUGGUGACACACACCUUUAAUCCCAGUACCAACCAUAGAUACCUGGAGAUCUGUACAGACAGGCAGUGACAAGAAAGUGAGGUAGCUGGGCUAAGAGCUAAUGAGAGGGCAGAACAGCGAGGCAAUAAAAGCUUGGGUAGACAGGAAGUAGCUCUCUUGGGAAGCUAUGGUGAUGUGGUGAGUUAAGGCUAGCUGGUGGCUUUCACGAUUUCCCUGAUCUCUAAGACUUUCACCCCUAUAUUUGGCUCCGUGUUUCUUAUUUAGUAAGACCAUUUAGAAAUUUGUCUACAUAAGGGUAAUUUUUGAACACAAGAUAUUGUGCAAAACACUGCAAAUUUGUGUUCUUCAGCAGCAGGAUGUGACAAAGCCUACCUAUCUCUACUUUGCCCAAUCUUGAGAAGGUUGCAUUAUUAUUUUCAUUUCACUGAGCCAAAAAUAAAAUCAGUGUUUAUUAUUUGCCUUA